AAAGAAUAGAUGAGUUGUCUACGGUUAAGCUAUCCCAAACCACAACUCUUUUCCUUCCUUAACAAAAAAUGACUGUCUCUGUCUCAAAUCUCAAUUCAGAUAUGACAAGCUUUAUUUCAAGCAACUGUUGUAACUGGUCGGUUGGAGUUUCGGAACAUGUCUGCAGCAAGGGAAGAUUUCACAAGCUUCCAAACUUGAGAUUUUAUGGUCCGUAUUUUCCUUUGGGGGGAAUUAGUUUUUCCCAGGGACAGGGUCAAUACCUUGCUACUAGUAUGUCCCAAAGUCAUGGGAGAUGUAGGCCAACCUUUUCCAGUGCCGUGGAUGACGCUGGAACUGACCCAGAUGAUGAUGAGAAUGGGAAUGAUGAGAAACAAUCUUCACAAGGCGAAAACGAAGGAACAAACAGUGAAAUGCUUCGAGAAAACCUUGAACGAAUAGUUGGCAAAGAUGAUUCCACCUUUAGUGGCUUAGACCUUGCAACUCUAAUUAGGAACAAAUAUGGCAGGUCUUAUGAUGUUCAAUUAAUAAAGAAGGAGUUCAUGGGAAGAAAUCUCCUUGCACUGAAUGUUAUGUGGAAGUACAUGGAACAGAGAUCAUUUCCCUUAACUGAAGAAGAAUAUCUCCUAAGGCUUGAUGAUGUGGCAAACACAUUGAAAUGUUGGGGAGCAGUCUCGCACAUUCGAAACAGCUUAGCAAAGCUGAAAGAGCGGCCUCGAAUAGGGAAGGCAGUCAGCAUAUUCAUUGACAUGGACGAGUCUGGAGGUCGAGCAAAUGAAUGGAUUUACAAGUAGAUUGUUCAAGUGAGCCAGCAAACCAUCAUCCGCUGAUUUAAUUUGUGGUUAUAAGAUCUAUUUGCAUCACUUGAAUCCACCCCAACCCAUGGAAAAUUGUUUUACUACUUAUUCCAUACUGGUUCUUAUUAUUAACUUUGCAUAAACAACAAUAGUCAAUGGAAUCCCCUGCAAGUAAACAUAAUGUUUUAUGCUAAAAAGGGCAACAGUGUACUUAAAUAUUAAGUUUUGUGAAAUUACAUAAAUUAUUGUCCCAUGUUAUAUU